UUGCCCGGCGUCUCCUCUGAGGUCCCCUCGGCCUAAAGCGGUAGAUGGUCUAGUAUUGCGGAGACCAGGCCCCUCGCGGAGGCGGAGACGCCAGAGGAGUGCUGGGGGUGUCGGACCCACACGCAUGCGCACAGGCGCUGCACGGGGCGGGAGCGGCUGACGGAGCCCGCGUCCGCAUAGAUCAUCACUAGGAAGAACUCUGGGUGCAAUAAUGAACACAGUGUAUGUGUGAUGAUGGCUUCCAUCUUAAGAUCUCAUUGGAUAAAUGCUUCAGUGAUUCCUAAUCGAAUGAAAAUGCUUCCAUAUCUUGGUGUCAUUAGAAAUAGAAUGAUGUCAACUCAUAAAUCCAAAAAGAAGAUGAGAGAAUAUUAUCAGUUGCUGAAUCUGGAUGAAGGAUGCUCUGCAGAUGAUGUCAGGGAAUCUUUUCGUAAGCUUGCCAAGCAAUACCACCCAGAUGGUGGCUCUAGUACUGCUGAUUCUGCAACAUUUAUAAGGAUUGAGGAAGCUUAUAGGAGGGUGCUUUCCCAUGUGCUUGAACCAACAAAUAAAGUUGAAGAAGAAGAAGAAGAAGAAGAAGGAAAAUUCAAGUAUAAAACACCCCAACACCGGCAUUAUUUAAGUUUUGAAGGUGUUGGUUUUGGAACCCCAAGUCAACGAGAGAAGCAAUAUAGGCAAUUUAGAGCAGACCGUGCAACUGAACAGGUGAUGGAAUACCAAAAGCAGAAAUUACAAAGCCAGUAUUUCGCUGAUAGUGUAAUCGUUAAAGAUGUAAGACAGAGUAAAGAACAAAAGAUAACUCAGGCAAUAGAGCGUUUAGUGGAGGAUCUCAUUCAGGAAUCAAUGGCGAAAGGAGACUUCGAUAACCUCAGUGGGAAAGGCAAACCUCUCAAAAAAUUUUCUGGCUGUUCAUAUAUUGAUCCCAUGACUCACAACCUGAACAGAAUAUUAAUAGAUAAUGGAUACCAACCAGAAUGGAUCUUAAUGCAAAAGGAAAUAAAGGAUACUAUUGAUCAACUCAGAGAGGCAAUUUUAGUGUCAAGGAAGAAAUUUGGAAGUCCGAUGACACCAACUGAACAGAAACAGUGGAACCAAGUUUGUGAGCAGUUUCAAGAAAACAUCAGAAAACUAAACAAGCGAAUUAAUGAUUUUAAUUUAAUUGUUCCCCUUCUGACCAAGCAAAAAGUCCAUUUUGAUGCAAAGAAAGAAAUUGCCAAAGCCCAGGAGAUACAUGAGACCCUUGUAAAAACAAAAGAAGUCACAGAUAAAAACCCAAAUAACAUUGAUCAGGGAGAAGGAGAGAAAACACCUGGAGUCAAGACAGGUUUUUAUAACUGGAUGAAUGUGUGGAAAUUUAUUAAAAUAUGACCAGUGUUCACAGUACUGCCCCAAAUCAUUUUUAGUUGUACUGACAUCACACAUAGAGGCUGAGAUUUAUUGCUAUUACACAAGAGUUUGAGAACUGAGUGCCUCUGUACUUUUUCACAAAACUAAUCAUACCUCCAGUGAUGCGUGAGAAAGCUGUAAGAAACUGAUAAGAGAAUUGUUCAACCAGUCUACUCUGAGGAUACAGCAAGAAAAGAAGAGAACUUCUAAGAAAACAAUCCAUUUCAGAGGCUCAAUGUCAGUCACAGGUGAAAUGAGUUAGAGGAUGGGGUCUCAGAUGAGAGAUCAUAAAGGGUAUUCUGAAAGUCUUAGUGCAGCUUUUUUGAACACAGGUACUUAAAUAACAAGAAUAAAAACUAAAUGUUAUUAUUAAAAGUCACAAAAGUAUGGAAUGCAGGCAAAUAAACCUCCAAAUGAUGUAAGUUUCUUGCUAGUUUUCUGCAUUUAUACACCGGAGGUUAUUAAAGCUCAAAACUGUCGUAAGACUUUUGGGACGCUCUCUAAUGGAAAUUAGCCUACUGCAGUUACUACACUCUUGUGUUCUUAUGAAGGCCUUUUCGAUGCAUACUGAAUUUAGAAAAAAAAAAAACAUAUCUAUCUGUGUUGUACUUUUUCCUGUCUAACUUCUUGAUCAUUGGCUGCAGAUAUCCAUCACCCAAGCUAGUUGAUUUAGCUUUUCUAGAAAUAGACUCCAGAGUCCACUUUAAAGAGUUUGAGGGUAUUUUCUGAACUUUCAGAGGUGGAAAAAAAAAAUUCUUGGAUUUGAUGGAAACUUAAGAUUUCACUUUUGGCUUCAUCUCUAAUCAGAGAUUGAAAUAAUAGGUCUAGAUAAUUCUACCUAAAGCCUGUGUUGUGGAUCAGACUCCCCAGAGGGUUUUCCAACAAUAUGAAAAUCUUAGUUUACUGUAUGAGGGAUCCACUAAUAAACAAAGAUGAGAUGUCUGAAUUUUGUGCCAGUUUGCACCUUUGGCAAAUGAAAAGAUUGACAUUCAUGGGAUUAUUGUGUGCUAUCCACUUUCAGAAACAGUGGCUUUUUAGAUUUGUGUAAUUGCAUUAGUCCCAAAAUUGGGCAACUGAAAGGAUAUGGAGAGUGAUCAAAAGGAGUGGAUCUUUUUCGUUCUUUAAUUCAGAGCACUGUACUAUGGAUACGGCUCAUAACUGUGGCACUUGCCACUCUGAUUUUGCAAGAAGUGUUUUUGUAAAGUGUGCACUAGUUCAAACAAUACUACAUCUUCAAAAGGAAAUUUCGGGCCUUUCUGCUUAGAUGGGGUGUUAAUUGGUAAAAUAUGUGACUUUUAUUGAUUAUCAUUUGGCUUCUACAGUGACAGUAUAGAACAGAGUUAUGAACAGUAUGAAAUACAGCUUUUUAAUUAGAGCUGUAGUUCCAAAACACUUUAGAAAGCUAUGAUUCUGUGAAUCACGAUAAAAAUGGGAAUUAGGUGUGUGAUAUCUAAUUGCAUUGCAGCAACAUAAAUAAAUGAAACCUUCAGUAUGGGAUAAUGAGAAGGUAAAGUUAACAAAAAACUCUAAUAAAUUCUUAAUUUCAGACAGGACAGGUGUUCUAUAUUAAUAAAGUUAGUUUUAAUGAUUA